AUGGCAGGUGCACCUGUGUGGCCUUCACUAGCGCCGUCACUGCUCCAGCUGCCAGGAGGGCAGCGCCGAGGGGAGAAGCGGGAGGGGAGUAGGCGGCAGGAGGAGAGGGAAGAGAGGAGUGAGGAGAGGAGACGGGGGGAGGUCAGCUCUGACGGCAGCGGAGUAGUCAAGGGCCGCUUGGAGGAGGAAGGGCGCACCUCGUCCUGGGAGGCGUCGAAGCGAGCAGCCAGUACGGUGGAGGUGCCCGCUGCCACGCCACAGCGCUGCAGCGACUCGCGGAUCUGA